CAGCUUCAAUGAGCUGCAGUUUAUGAAAAUUGCAGUACUAGAAAAAAGGGACUAGUCUUAACCAAGAGUCACUAGGUUGUCAAUUGUUGAAGUCUUUACUGUAUUUAUAAUUAAUUUUUGUGCUAACAUUUGGUGUAUGCGAUAGAAUUAAUCGACUGUAUGUGUAAAAAUAUACGUUAAACAUCAAAUUUGGUAUUUGCGAUAUUGUGUAACACUGCUUUGACAUAAGCAUUGUAACCGUGAUUAAUCGACGUGAUCUCAUACUUUCAAGUAUGUUAAUUGUUAUCAAUAUAUACAAUUUUAUUCUUAACAUUUUUUAUAUCAGUAUUAAGGGUCAUAUGUAGUAAACUUUGAUAUAAGAAGUAUUCAUGCCUUUUUGUUUGGGAAAUUAUUCAACCCGUAAUAUGGAGGAAUAUGCUGUAGUAUCAGACAUAUCAGUUGUAGAUGUUUAUGAUAUCGCCUCAGAAAUAGGAAAAGAAUGCGAAAAACUAAUAGACUCAUUUGGAGUAGAAUCUGUAACUAAUCUUAUGCCAAAAGUGAUACAUGCAUUAGAACUAUUAGAAAAUCUAGCAACUAAAAAUGAACGUGAAAAUACAACAGUUCAGGAAUUACGAGCAAAAAUUUCGCAAUUGGAAAAUGAUAAAAUUGGGAAGGCUGAAGAUAGACAACGAUUUGAAAAGGAACUGGAACAAAUUGAAGAACAUUGGCGUCAAGAAUCUCAUGAUUUAGUGGGUAUGGUUACAAGAUUACAAGAAGAAAAUAGAAGAUUGGCAGAAGCUCUGCAAGAAUCGCGUAGUGACAGUCAGUACAGCAGUAAACAAACUUUUACGGCUAGUCAAGAAGUUGAUGUAGCAGUAUUACAACAUCUAAGAUCUAUGAUAGACAAACAGAGAGAUCAAAUUCGAGCAAGAGACAAAGAGCUACUGCAAAAAAAUAUGGAGAUAGAAAAUCUGACGACGCAAGUUGAAAAACUUGGAGUCGUUGGCAGAGAAUUAAAGCGAAAACAACGACAAGCGCAAAUGCAAGCACGAGGCUUGGUAGAAGAAAGAGCAGAUUUUUUGGCGCAAUUGCAAGAUCAAAAUCGUGAAUUAAUUAAUCUUCGGGCUCGUCUUGGUUUGGCGAGAAAGGAAAAUGAAGAUUUAAGUAAAUUACAGGGGCACCCAGACUUAACAAAUAAAGCAGUUUACGAUUUAGACGAUCCUGAUAGACCAAGAUUUACUACUGCAGAAUUGAAAGAAAUUUUACAUGAGCGAAAUGAACUGAAAGCCAGGGUUUCAGAUUUAGAAGAUGAACUAGAGUUAUAUCGACCAAAACCUGAAACGGUGGAAGAUUAUAAAGACGCUCCUGUUCAAGGUCCUCUUCCUUAUGAACCAGAUGAUGCUCCUUGGAAAAAGACAUCUGAAUCUGGAAUUCGUAAAUUUUUCCGGAAAAUUUUCUCUGAGUCUAGCAGUAGUUUUUUAGUUGGUAGUAGUCCACGUAGAAGUCUUUCUAGUCUAUCAAAAAUGGCCCUGUCUGGAACUAGUACAUGCGAUGAGUCUGUAUAAUGAUUUUUUAACAAACAACCAAAUGACUUUCACAAUCUUAUAGAAGUAACUUGGAUAUAAUAUUCUUAUAUUUAUUCGUACCAUUCUACUUCUUGGUAAUGAUUAAUAAGUUAUUUUGAAAUAAUUCUUUAUUAUGAAGAAGUUAUUAAUUAUAAUUAAUAUGUAGACAUUUUGACAAAGAUGAAAUAUUCACAUGUGUACAAAAUUGAUAUAUAUCUACAAGAGUUUAAAAGGAACUAAAUACAUACACAUUUUUUUAUUUAUGAAUUUGUA